AUGGUGCAGAAUGAAGACGCCGAUUACGUCUACAUCUACACACUAACAUCUAUCGAGACUGAGGCAGACCAGAACGAGGUCGACUCAACAUAUGGCGAUGACAUCCCACGCUUAAGUGUCUCUUUUUGCACUUCUGCCUUCGAAUACGAGUACGAAUAUGGACGCCGCUAUCAUAGCUUUCAUGCAGGUGCAUACAAAUUUCCUAACGAUGAGAUUGAGCAAGCCCGUCUUAAUAUAUCUAUCGAGCUUGGAGACUAUUGUCCCAGCGCUACCAUCAUAGGCAAUGACCUCAGCCCAAUUCAACCUAGAAUGUUGCCCCCAAAUGUCAGAUUCUUAGUUGGCGAUGUCGAGGCAGAGUGGAUUGAACCAGAGCCAUAUGAUUACAUUCAUUGCCGAUCCAUGGCUGGUUCCAUCAAAGAUUGGGCAAAGCUUUUCAAACAAAUAUUUGAUAAUCUCAAGCCAGGUGGCUGGGUUGAGUUCCAGGAGACUGCUAAUACCGUUUACUCGGAGGAUAACACCUUGGGUCCUGAUAACGCCUUGGUUCAGCUGAUGAAUGGUCUGACAAAAGCAUGUGACGAGAUCGGGCGUACUCUCAACCCCACACCAUCCUUUCAGAAAUGGGCUCAGGAGGUGGGCUUUACCUCUAUUAAAGAGCAACAGUUUAAACUUCCCGUUGGGGAGUGGCCCAAGGAAGAACGACUCAAAAGAAUUGGAUUGCUGUUUGGCACUAGUCUUCAUAUAGGAGUCGAAGGUUUCACUGCAAAGAUGUUCCGGGAAACUCUUGGCUGGUCAGGAGCCGAAGUGGAAAUCCUCAAUGCCAAAGUUAGAACAGCGUCGGUGUGCGUCGAUGAGCAGGCCAUUUCCCGUUACAUUGUUGUUACCGCACAAAAGCCAUCUUAA